CUUUCCUUCCUUCGUUCCCAUCGCGAAGGUUCCACCCCCUCUUCCCUUCUCUGCUUCCUCCCCAUAUAUAUACCAUCCACCCCUAUCUUUUCUAUCUUAUUUAGAUAGAUCUUAAAACCCUAUCCCCAAUUUCAUAAACAUUCUUCAAUCCGAUAUGGAUUUUCGUACUCUGGAAUUAAAAAUCAUGUCCGCCAAAGAUCUCAAGAAGGUCACUUUCUUCUCCAGGAUGAAUGUUUACGUCGUCGUUUCCGUCUCCGGCGGAGACGCCAAAUCGAAUCAGACGCUCAGGACCCCGGCCGAUCGCGAAGGUGGAUCUAACCCUGCCUGGAAUUUCCCCCUCAAAUUCACCAUCGACGAUGCCGCCGCGCGCCAGAACCGCCUGACGCUCGUCUUCAGGAUCCGCUGCGAGCGAGCUUUAGGGGAUAAGGAUGUCGGCGAGAUCGCCGUUCCGAUUAAGGAACUUCUCGACUCUCCGGCAGGGAAUACGAAGCAAUUCGUCAGUUAUCAGGUCAGGAGGCCGUCCGGGAAGCAGAGAGGUCAAAUCACGUUCUCUUAUCAGUUCAGCGAGAAAAUCAGCGGCGUACACGCGGCGGCGGCUGGUAAUAAUAAGGUGGAUGAACCCGUAACGGCUUAUCCGGCUUUUACGCCAGCGGUGGGGCCAAGCUCGGCGUAUUCUGCGGCUCCCGCAGCGCCACCGCCUAAUUGGCAGCCGGCUCCUGGAGCCUAUCAGCAGGCACCUGGUGGAUAUCCUCCACCUACGUACGGAUAUCCGCCUCCGCCGGCGUACGGUGGCUACCCGCCCCAACCUCAUCCAGGAUACGGAUAUCCACCCGUCCAACAACCGGCAAGGAAGAAUAAAUUCGGGUUGGGAUUAGGAGCCGGAUUACUAGGCGGUGCCUUGGGGGGUAUGCUGAUCGGAGAUGCAAUUUCAGACGCUGCUAAUUAUGAUGCCGGAUAUGAUGCCGGAUUUGGGGACGGCGGAUUUGGGGACGGUGGAUUUGAUUUUUAAUCGGCGGCUAUAUGUUUUUACUUUUGCGUCUAAAUUCUAGCCAUAUUCGGAGUAAUAUGUAAUUAUUAGUUACGGAGUAUUACUAUCUGUACAUUGUUUUCCAGGGAUUGGAAUAAUCUUAAACUUCGUAUUCGAUUAUGCUUGUAUAAACUUAACUAAAUCUUCUCAAAAACACAUGUCAUUCUAAAUUCAGUAAAAGUUAAGCGGACAUAUAAUAAUGAUAUAAAUUAAAUACAUGUUGAGAAGGCAAAGAGUUGUAAAUAAUAAUCUGUAUUACGUAUAAUUCACCAAUUUGAGAUCUGACAAUUUUAUGUUAGACAUUUUUGAAUGCAAGAAUAACGUUUUACACUUCAUAAUAGUUUUGACUCAUCCG